AUGCCCUGCCUGUCCCAGGGCCAGGCUUUGCGAGCGCCAGGGACACAGGCAGCAUACCCGGGCUCGCGCAGACUCAGGCAACAAUACGGAUACAAGGGCGAUUCCUGGUCAGGCUUGGUGGAGCUCCAUCCUGACCGCCUGCUGACCCGGGAGGAGUUCAAGGCGAACUUGCUGGCAGCACCCGGGGUGCUCAAGGUCGUGGACAAGAGCACCAAGACCUCGCAGGGCAAUCGAGGCAACCACAUCUGCGAGCGGAGCCUGAACGUCCGCCUGCACCGCGAGCCGAAUCUGGCUCUGGAGUUCGAGCUCACGCGGAACAACCACAUGGCGGACAUGGAGGGCCGCCCUUACACGGAGACAGCCAUGUUCAAGGACCCCCCCAAACGGCAUCACGCGGCGGCGUGGUGCGUGCUCUUGCACGCCGUCAAGGGCAGGGAGCUGCUCCCACAGCAUGCCCGCGACUACUGCAAGGCCUGCCUGACGAGACACGGCACCUGGGAGGCCGACGUGCUGCCAGAGGGCCUGGAGGGGGUCCCGCUUGAGCCAGGCUUUGCCAGCUCUGCGGGGGUGGAGGCCUCAUUGAGUCAGGGUGGCCAGGAGGUCCCGCUUGAGCCAGGCUUUGCCAGUUCCGCGGGGGUGGAGGCCUCAAUGAGUCAGGGUGGCACGACCGCGCCGCCUGCAAAGAAGAGUAAAGCGGCGGACCUUGCAACAGGGCGGAGUGGCAGCGCGACGUUCCCGUUUCCUUUGCAGGACGCUCCCGCGGUGCCCGGGGGCCUCGACACAACCUUGCCGGCUACGCUCAGGAUCGCUCGACACAACCUGAGCGGACGGGCGCGUCAGGUCUCCUGCCCAGAGGGCCUCAACUACAGCGAAGCUGGGCUCAAGGAGCUGAAAGCGUCUGAGCGGGACGGGAGCAUAGCCUCGCUGCAAGAUGCCCGGGAGCUUCUGCUCAAGGGGCUCGAGCGCAUCUCGGGCGUUUUGCCCGAGGGGCGCGAUUUGGACGGCACCGAGUACGAGAUGCUAGGUACGGAGUUCGAACGCUUCCUGGAGAUCGUGGAGAAGCUUCCAAAGCCAGCGCGCGAGGAGGAGGCAGUGGCAGGGCAGGACCUCGACGCCGAUUGGGGAGAGGAUGCGGCGGACGUGGGCCGGUUCGAGAUCACGGACCACCUGCGUGAGGAGCUGGCCGGGGAGCCGGAUGGGGACCCGGCCGCCGUCCGUGAGUCUAGGGAGGUCUGGGCCGCACUGGGCGCAGAAGGUCCUCCCAUCCCGGACUUCUUGAAGGUUGUGCAGGGUCAGCCGAUGGCCGGCAACGCUGCCCUGGACGAUGUUCGUGCUAUGAAGCUUCGCGCUGUGGAGCACGUGCGGUACCCCGUCGUCGAUGAACGUGACGAUCCCGAGGUGCAGGACAACAUCGACAGGAUGCGCCGCGAGGCUUGGGAAAAACACGAGGAGCGUCGAAGGACGGGUGUUCGUGGCCUGGACACGCGGGACAUGUUCGUCGGCCGUGAACUGGACUACGUCAAGCUGAUCGGUGCCGGCUCGGAGCCCAUGGCCCUGAACGAGUUCUUGAAUGCGGCGUCUAAGAGAACUCUCCGCGUCAAGGAGCUGUCGCGGCCACCUUCAAACGUGCCGGGACAGGAAGGCCGCUUGCGCAUGCUCGCGCUGCGGGUGGUUACACCGUGGGAGGACGCCCGGAUGGGUCUCCUGACGCUUCGGGCCCGCUGA